UCGUAUUUAAAAAGGCGUCUCUGAGGAGUCGAGCAGGUCGUUUUGCUGGUGAAAAUGGAACAAGACUACACACUUGUGAGCGUUAAAGCGUGAUUUAAGACAAACGUCGUGCUUUGUAAGGUGUUGUUUUUUUUUAAACCAAGAUGUGCGUGGAAAACGAGGUAGUUGAAAAGCGGGACGAGCGAGUCUCUGAUGUCCGUGUAACAAGGCGCCAUAUGGAGGACAACAACCACGACGUUUGACUCGGUAUCGGACACAAAGUUAACAUCCACAUGUGCGUCGUCAAGGAUUCUGCACGACCCGUCCCGUCCAGCUGCAUGGUACACCACGUCACAGCUGCCAGAGGGACGUCCCCCUCACCCCACCGGCCCGGCUUGUAGUGCCGUUAUUGUCUCGACAAAGAAUACCACUGUAAGCGAUCUCACUCGGCGGCGGGAUGCUUUCCUUGUCUUCCCCAGAAGAGGACGAGAUGAUGUUGGUCAGCGCCCUCCUGAGCCUCGCCGGGUGGGUGACCCUUUACUUCACCCUGUGCCGCGCCAACGGGCACCGCAGCCCCGAGUGGAACUGUCGCCUCGUCACUUUGUUGCAUGGGAUUCUCGCCGUCUGCGUCACGGCGUACAUCGGCUACGUGGACGGACCGUGGCCCUUCACACAUCCAGGUGCAAAGAACACACCUCUGCAGAUCGACGCCCUGAUGCUGAGCCUGGGCUACUUCCUUUUCGACAUGGCCUGGUGCGUCCACUUCCGCACCGAGGGGCCGGUGAUGCUGGCCCACCACACGGUGAGCAUCCUGGGCAUCCUGCUGACCCUGUUGCUGGGGGAGUCCGGCAUCGAAGGCUGCGCCGUGCUCUUCGGCAGCGAGAUCACCAACCCCCUCCUGCAGGCGCGCUGGUUCCUCAAGCAGACGGGCCGCCAGGGGACGCCGCUGGCCGACGCCGUGGACGUCCUGUUCGUGCUGCUCUUUGUGCUGAUGCGAGUCUUCGUGGGAGGCACAAUGCUGUACUGUGAGCUGAUCUCGCCCAGGCCCAGAUUCUUCAUCAAGUGCGGGGGGGUGGCCAUGUACGCGCUCUCCUGGGUCUUCAUGGUGGACAUUGUUCGCUUUGCCGUCCGCAAGAGCCGGACUUGGCGCCGGCGGCGGCGUGAGCAAUGUCGAUAAAGCCAAUACUUUUCAGCAGUGAAACUGAGACGCAAAACAGCGCUUCAGGCGGGCUGUGAGCAGCCAAGCAAAACGUGGCUCCAAAGUUUGUUUACAUCACAAUCCUUGCGGGCGUCAUAUGUCAAACUCGUCGCCUUUUUCGUGUACUCAGGGAACAAAAAUAGUUUUGAAGUCAUUUUUAAAUAAGCUUGCUUUGAAAAUGUGUUGGCAUUCGCUUGCCUUCACAAACCACACAGCAGACCUCUGGCUCGCCAAGUUCCAGUCGGCCUAAAUCAGGGGUGUCCAAAGUGCGGCCCGCACGUUAUUUUUUAACGGCCCCACGGCACAUUUUAAGAAUACAUCCAUCUUCUUCCGCUUAUCUGAGGUCGGGUCGCGGGGGCAACAGCCUAAGCAGGGAAACCCAGACUUCCCUCUCCCCAGCCACUUCGUCUAGCUCUUCCCGGGGGAUCCCGAUGCGUUCCAAGGCCCAUAAUCUUCCCAACAUGUCCUGGGUCUUCCCCGUGGCCUCCUACCGGUCGGACAUGCCCUAAACACCUCCCUAGAGAGGCGUUCGGGUGGCAUCCUGACCAGAUGCCCGAACCACCUCAUCUGGCUCCUCUCCAUGUGGAGGAGCAGCGGCUUUACUUUGAGUUCCUCCCGGAUGGCAGAGCUUCUCACCCUAUCUCUAAGGGAGAGACCCAAACUCAUUUGGGCCGCUUGUACCCGUGAUCUUAUCCUUUCGGUCAUGACCCAAAGCUCAUGACCAUAGGUGAGGAUGGGAACGGUAGAUCGACCGGUAAAUUGAGAGCUUUGCCUUCCGGCUCAGCUCCUUCUUCACCUCAACGGAUCGAUACAACGUCCGCAUUACUGAAGAAUACAAUUGGAAAAAAAAAACUAAAAACAUAAAAAGUGGUAUAAAAGAGCAAACAGGUGAAAUGUAACAAGAAAUUAUUGCAAUGCUGUUACUCUUAUAACACAAAGCUGGCGUCACGCCAAAUUUCUUCCCCCUACACCUGGGGUGUCAAACUCAGAUACAGAGUUGGCCGAAAUGUAAAACUGAACAAAGCCGCGGGCCAAAGUUGAAAAAAAAUUAACCUCUUAAUAGGGACCCAAACCAGUUUUGCAUUGAAUAUUGAACAAGCAAGGCUUAUAUAACUUUAUAGUGACAUGCAAAAUCCAGUUUCAAAUAAUAAUAAUACAAAUAUCAAUGGUAUAUCAAAUAAAAUUUAAAUACAAAUUGAAUGCCUCAAUUCUAUUUGCAGCCUUCGGAGGUAAAUAUCAAAAUAAACUUUUUCCACAGGCUAAUAGUACAUUUGAAGAUAAAAUAAUGAAGGAAUCAAACAUUCAAGCCUUGAAGUAACAAGAGAAAGUGCUUGAAUAAAUUGUUAAUUAUUGCUCAGUUUGCUCCACUGAUUUGCUUUACCACUGAAUAUUGAACAAGCAAUAAUUAUUUUACUUAAUAGUGCAAAAUCAACUUUAAAAAAAAAACAACGAAAAAACAUCAAUGGUAAAAUUUGCAGCCUUCUGAGGUAAUUAUCAACAUUACAUUUUUCCACAGGCUAAUAAAUCUUAAAAUAAAAUAACAAUGAGACGGGCGGGGCGGGGGGUGCAUACUGUAGUGUCCCAGAAGAGUUAGUGCUGCAAGGGGGGUGGGUAUUUGUUAAAUAAAUGAUAAAUGGGUUGUACUUGUAUAGCGCUUUUCUACCUUCAAGGUACUCAAAGCGCUUUGACACUACUUCCACAUUUACCCAUUCACACACACUGAUGGAGGGAGCUGCCAUGCAAGGCGCUAACCAGCACCCAUCAGGAGCAAGGGUGAAGUGUCUUGCUCAAGACACAAUGGACGUGAUGAGGUUGGUACUAGGUGGGGAUUGAACCAGGGACCCUCGGGUGGCCGUUCUGUUGUUGUGUUACGGUGCGGAUGUUCUCCCGAAAUGUGAUUGUCAUUCUUGUUUGGUGUGGGUUCACAGUGCGUCGCAUAUUUGUAACCGUGUUAAAGUUGUUUAUAUGGCCACCCUCAAUUGCGGAAUCUUUUGCAAUUUGUUGAAUUGAUAAUGGAGACGUCAAAGAAGAAAGAUGUAGGUGGGAAGUGGUGUAUAAGUCGCAUAUGUUAUGUGACUUGGCCGGCACGCUGUUUGUAUGGAGGAAAACCGGACGUGACAACAUAUUGUAGUCAAAGCUAAAGGCAGUGUCUUAUAGGCACGCCCCCAAUAUUGUUGUUGAAAUUCGGGAGAAUGGUUGGAAAAUCAGGAGAGUUGGCAAGUAUGAGUAUUAGCGGCGGGCCAGCUCUAAUGUUAAUUUGAUAUUGCCUCAAGGGCCAAAUUGGGCCAGUUUGACACCCAUGCCCUACAAAUACCUUCCCCCCGGAAGACAUUUGGCGUUAAUGCUUGAAGGACCCCAAUUAGGGUGGAAGGACCUUAAAGCAGCCCACACAGCUGCCUGUUUUAAAAGCAUUAUAAUUGGCUUGAUUGUCAUUGGUGAAAAAUAACCGUGAGGGAAAAAAUAUUAGCAUUCCAGCAUGCUAACCUUUCAAUCUAUUUUUGCUUCGCUCAUUUUGCAGCCGUAACCCUUAAGAGUCAUAUAACUUGGUAUUGUUCCGCUCUCAUUGGGGUCCUUCAGGCAUUGGAGGGGCUUCCGGGGGGAAGGUUUUUGUAGGGGGAAGAAAUUUGGCGUGACACUAUGUUUUUUUCUUUAAAAAAUAAUAAUGAAUCAAAAUCAAUAUUCAGGGCUCUGAUUACGUCACAUUAAAUAUUCCACUUUGAAAUAUUUCUGGGGGGAAAUGUUGCAUAUUUUGUGUUUAUCCAUAUAAAAAAACUGAGCGUUUUUUUUUUAAAGAAUGGCCUAAAACAAACAACAGUAAAACCAAUAAUUGACGGAUAGAUCUGAAGUUGAUCUCGAGAUUAUUGUGCUAAAAGUAAACGGUAAAAAAUAUAUAUAUAUAUAUAUAUACCGUAUUUCCUUGAAUUGCUGCCGGGGCGCUAAUUAAUUUAAAACCUCCUGGCAUUCCCAAAGGAAUGCGGUAAAAGUAAGCAUGCGCUAUUAUUUUAAAACCUCGUCUCACUCCGGCACUUACCAAAAGCAUGCAGUAAAAAUUUAAGCGUGAUGUAAGCUUGGACCUUAAAUCCUACUGAAUAGCUCUUAACCUUCUUCCCUUUUAUGCGAUUUUAAAUGACCGGUAUUGAAAUCAGCCUACAUUUUGAAAAUGAUGACAGGGGAAGUGUCACUCGUGACGUCACGAGUUUGACCAGGCGGUAAUACUAAGCAUGCGCUAAUUAUUUUGGGAAGCGAGUUUAACCCGGCAGUAAUUCAAGGAAAUACGGUAAUUUAUUUUUUAACACUUUAAUGAGUAGGACACUUUUGGAUCCCCAAUUUGUUUUUAAGUGUCAUUGCUCAAAAAAUAAUAAUGAAUCAAAAUCCAAAAUGAAGGUUCCAAUUAUUAUAUAAUCUCAAAUAUUCCACCUAAAAAAAAAAAAAAAAUGUAUUGGGUGAAAAUAUUGCAUAUUUACUGUUUUUUCUAUUUUUUUUUUCCGGCCCUGCGAUGAGGUGGCGACUUGUCCAGGGUGUACCCCGCCUUCCGCCCGACUGUAGCUGAGAUAGGCGCCAGCGCCCCCCGCGACCCCAAAAGGGAAGCAGCGGUAGGAAAUGGAUGGAUGGAUCCAUUUUUUUCCUAUUGUUGAUCUAGGGAUUUAAAACUUGAAUAAUAAUGAAAAUAAUAAUACUGAAUAAUGACACAUUUUUUAUAUAUUUUUUUACCAAAACCCUUUGGGGUCCCCGGGAUCUUAACUGAGUGGAGGCCUAAAUUUAUAUUUUUUAUACAUUUAUUGUAUUGUUUUUUAAAAUUAAAAUGAUGAAAAUGGUCCCCGCUUGCUUAGAUUUUUCAGUGUGCGGCCCUCAGUGGAAAAAGUUUGGACACCCCUGGCCUAAAUAGUCAUCAAAAUCAAGGUAGAGGUUUUAAUUUAACUAUUUAAUAUUUUUGGCAACUAACAUUACAUGCAAUUUGAACAGUAACACCGUGUUUGAAUGUUUAAUGAAGUGAUUCUUAUGUGUACCACUAGAUGGAGCUUGUGUAUCGCAAUUGGUAUCCAAGUUUGAGAAUUGCUGCCCCAAUGUAUUCUAGAGAGGUGCGGUUCGAUACUGAAAUCCCAACACCGCCGAUACCAGAGAGUUAUGCGCUAAUAUCGAUUUAUUAGAUUAAAAUAUUGAUACCAUAUUUGUUUGGGAUAAUGUAAACCAUCGCAAGGCAGGAACUAAAUAAUUGAGGGGACUACUUUUCCUCCGCCGAGACCAAGUGUGUUUGGAGAAGCUACAUAAAAAGUGAGAUUAUGAAUGUAAAAUAUCGCAUUCAGUGCAAAAUAAAUUUUUACGCUGUGCGGGUUCGUAACGUUUAAAACGUAUUUCUUAAAGGCCUACUGGAAGCCACUACUAGCGACCACGCAGUCUGAUAGUUUAUAUAUCAAUGAUAAAAUAUUAACAUUGCAACACAUGCCAAUACGGCCUUUUUAGUUUACUAAAUUGCAAUUUUAAAUUUGGUGCCAAGUAUCCUGUUAAAAACGUUGCGUUAUGACGAAGUGUGACGUCACGCGUUGUAGAGGACAUUUUGUUCCAGCACCGAUUCCAGCUAUAAGCCGUCUGCUUUAAUCGCAUAAUUCCACAGUAUUCUGGACAUCUGUGUUGCUGAAUCUUGUAAUUUGUUCAAUUAAUAAUGGAGACGUCAAAGAAGAAAGAUGUAGGUGGGAAGAGGUGUAUUGCGGCCGCCUUUAGCAACACAAACCGCCGGUGUUUCUUUGUUUACAUUCCAGAAAGAUGAUGGUGAAGCUUUACUAUGGAACAGAGCGGUCAAGCGAACAUGGUUCCCUACCACAUGUCAACCGGCAGGUUUCGGUGAGAAAAUGGUGGUAUUAAGUCGGCUUUUACCGUAGUUAUGAGCAGAGAGCUUGCGUCGUGUCCCGCCUCCUGCAGCUGCGGACUCUCUUGCGUCCUCCCAAUGGCCGCCCCCGACUGUUUGAUGCUUACACUGUGGAGGGGGGGAAUAAAAAUAAAUAUCAGCCCGGCUGCCUUGCCUCGCCGAGAAACGUGGCUUUCAUCGAAGACACUAGCGGUCACCACACCCCUCCGACUUUCAGGUACGACCAUAUAAUCUCACUAAAACAUUAGUAACACAAUAAGCAGAUAAGGGAUUUUCCAGAAUUAUCCUAGUAAAUGUGUCUAAUAACAUCUGAAUUGCUCCCACUGCCCUGUUUUUUUUUUUUCCUAGUCCUUCACUCUCACUUUCCUCAUCCACGAAUUUUUCAUCCUCGCUCAAAUUAAUGGGAAAAAUCGUCGCUUCCUCGGUCGGAAUCGCUCUCGCUGCUGGUGGCCAUGAUUGUAAACAAUGUUCAGAUGUGAGGAGCUCCACAACCCGUGACGUCACGCACACAUCGUCUGCUACUUCCGGUACAGGCAAGGCUUUUUUAUUAGCGACCAAAAGUUGCGAACUUUAUCGUGGAUGUUCUCUACUAAAUCCUUUCAGCAAAAAUAUGGCAAUAUGGCGAAAUGAUCAAGUAUGACACAUAGAAUGGACCUGCUAUCCCCGUUUAAAUAAGAACAUCUCAUUUCAGUAGGCCUUUAAAGAGCAGCGAGGCUCAAAGUCACGACUUAUUCAAUUUUACCAGACACGUUCGGUUUAUUUGCGCAGAUUAAUCGGAUCGGUACGAUCGGUUGUAGAUGGAAAGUAUGCAGCAGUUGGUGAAAAUGCCUUGAAUAAACGUUAACUCACGCAAACGAGUGUAGUUGACACAACAUUAAGUACACUUGCCUUUUCUAGUGUUUGUGCAGAUUUAUUUGUGCAGUCGUGUACUACAGUUCAUUUUCAGAAUGUAAAUAUAAACAGGAAGUAAAAACAAAAAGCUAUACUGGUACGUGCCUUAGUUUUCUCAAUGUCUGAUUGUAUUUGAAUGUUAUUAAAUGACUUAUUUUGAAUGCA